UCGUAUAUCGCUUACAAUAGAUGGGUCACGUUCUGUCAAAUUGUGGCGUCCACAGAAGUGUUACGUCACAAGUUGGCUCUUUAUGAUUGGUUGUGACAAAAGGAGGGGAAGGAAAGUAAAUUUUGAAAUACUACACUCUACAUCCUCGUCAGUCCUCGUACACUCACAGUACCCAUUUGUCCCAUUUCGAUCAAUACGGUUUUUUAUCAAUUUCGUGCGAUUAUACUUGAGAAUCUCUCGAUUUAAUCUAACUUUACCUGACCGUAAUCUUUUUGCCGCGUACCGGAGAGGCAGAGCUUUAUUCUCUUGUGGAUCGAGUGAAAUUUAGACGAAAAUGCCGAAGACCAAAGGCAGAAAUGCGUUCUACUUCUUUAUGGUUGAUUAUAGAAGACGGGCAGAAGCACAAGGUCGUAAUUUUCCUAAUGGAUUCAAGGACGUUCAAGCGGAUGCGGAAUGCAACGCGGAGUGGCAAAGUUUAUCUAAGCAAGAGAAAGGUCCAUAUGAAUCUAUGGCAAAAGAAGAUAAAGUUGCAGCACAAAUACAGAACAAAGGCAAGAAAACAACUCUUGGAGAAUCAAUAAGUUUGAUUGACCAACAAGAAGAAGAAAAACAGAAAGCCAUCAAAGAAAUGCACUCGAGUAUAAAUUAUUAUAUCGCUACAGCUAUGAAUCUUAAUAUUUUGUCAAAAACAAAAUUUUGCUUUAUACAUAUUAAUUACUUUUUCACUACAAUUGUUGACAACAAUCUUGAAUAUUUUCCGGCUGAAUAUGCAUUAGGAAUUUUUUCAUUUGAGAAUGGUAUAGAGGAUGUACAUCACAUAAUUGUCAGUGCUAAGAUUCCAUUAGGAUUUAAACGGGAAGCACUUGAGACAAGUCAAAACUCUCAUCAGAUACCUGUAGAGUAUCAAGGUGGAGAAACUGAUUUUGCUGUUAUGUAUGCAAAAUUGAUUAGUUUUCUAGAACCUAGGAAAACUAUGAAUACAUAUCCUCCUCUUUAUACAACAACAGGUUGUAUAAAAGUAGUGAAAUCUGUGUACAAACUGGGUGACGCAGCAUGCCAAUAUAAAGAGGACAUAAAGGUUUAUGAAUUGGAAAAGUUGUACGAACAUUUGGCAAGUGAUCUUUACAAGAAAAGAACAGACCGUGAAAUAAAAGAAAUUCCCAUUUAUUCUCAAAAGAUAUUUACAACCUACACCUAUAUUUUUGAAAGAGGUUUUGAAUGUCCUUUUCAUAAAUUUGUUGAUGGAGGAUCCGAAUGCUGUAGUAAAUCUGUACUGCAUCAAUGGGCAUGGACACUAUGCGAUGAAUUUUGUGAAUCACUAGGAGUAAAAAUGCGUCCAGGCAUACAUUAUCCCGAUAAUUCUGAUACUGAUGUCUCAUCCUUGACACAUUCACUGGGCAACUUGAAAGUUGAGAGUGUUUGCAAACCUGUACCCGAAUGUAGCUCAGUAUUAUCUAUGACAAACGUAAGUGAACAUUAUAGAUUGAAAGUGUCUAGUAGAUCAUAUCAAGAAGAAAUUCGUCGCCGAAAUGAAUCUCAACCAGUACAAGUUAUUGACUACAGCAAAUUGAAUGAUAAAUCUAUUGAUGAGUGUGCUGCUAAAUCUGUUGAUGAACCUGUUGCUGAACCUGUUGCUAAGCCUCUUAAUAAGCUUGUUAAUAAACCUGUUAAUGCAUGGAAGAAAAAAGAUGCGCCAAAUUAUUUGGGUGAAAAACCAUUGCGACCUCCAAAUAUUGAAAAUUCAUGUAUUGUUGGUGCUUCUACCAUGGAAAAUUAUCUUUUGAUGGAUGACGAACAGAGUUUCCCUCCUAUAGGUGGAAGAGGUGUGCCAUACAAAUCUCGAGUAGCAUCAAAGAACUUACCUUUAGGCAAAGGACAAGGACAUGCAUAAAACAGAUUUUGGAAAACUCCAGUUAUAUCAAGUUUUGACAAAAUUAUGAACGUUAUCCUUAUGGAAAUAUAAUAUUCAUAAUGAUUUAUUUUACAAUGAAUA